AUGACCCCAACCAGGGCUGCGAGACGGAACGUUUACGUCCCCUGGGUCAGCCUCCGAAAGUGGAUUGACAAGCAAGAAGCGUUUGAGAGAGAGAACAACAUGCCUGCGCCUUUGUCUCUUUUCAAGCUCAAGGUCCUCUCACGGUUUGUUGACUUUGGCCGCAAAAAACAGCCAGAGAUCGGUGACGACGAUCAUGUCGCUUCCUUGACCGGAGGACACGGCCUGGAAGCGGGAAAACAAGAUCCCAUCUUUGGGAGUAAGAAGGUAGAUACCACACAACAGUCGUCCAGAACCCCUCCUCCCCUCACCCAAGUCCAUCCAUUGACUCGCAGUCUACUCUCCCAGAAGGCACGGAGGUAUGCUGCCAAGUGCGCCCUUCAGUACCUCAUACGCGCCCCGAUCAUCGUCUCCUCAGCUUCCUUCCGCCCGGGAGGCGGCGAGGCCCGGCCAUCUCCGGCACCAGACGACACAUGGUCCGAGAGUACCGAAGCCGAUGGCCGUGAUGGCAAAAGCAUUUUUCAAAAGGUGUCGGGCCUCUCCGAGAGUCUAGGUUUCGGCAGCAUAAGCUACCUCAUCGAACCGGCCAUCGACGACCGGUUUCCCAACUUCUACAGCGGACGACCCGUUUUUGAACGUCCAGACCCUGCGCCGCCCAAUGUCGGUGUCGUGCGCUGCGUGCUGGGCAAGAAGAAGACGAAGCGUCAAGUGGCGACUGAAGUACUCCAGUGGCUGCAGGAUGAGGAGAUGAAAAGGAUGGCAAACUGA